UGAGCAUUGCAGUGACUGUGGGAGUGGCCAAGAGCUGCCCUCUGGACAGAAAAGGUGUGGUCAUACCGACUGCUGCUGAGUUUCACCUGAUGGCUAAAUCAGCACACUUCGCCAGAGUUGACCCACUGCCAGCCCUUACACAAAACACAAUUCACUUUGGAUUUUUUUUCCCCGUCUUACAAGCUGUGGAAAAACAACUCAAAAUAUGGCAGGAGGCAGGUUGUAAUGAGGAUUCUUAAAAGAACAAGAAUAUUAGAUGUGUCAUUGAAAUCAGCUGAAGUUUUGGAGAGACAGAUGAAAAGAAACCAUUGAAUGAGUGACAUCAGGUUUGCAAUGGAGCUGGCAUUGAUGCUGAGUGUGUUUUUUCUGGUAACAGUUCAUCUGAAAACAGAUGCAAUGCAGGUGACAUCUACGGGCCCACAAACCAUUCAAAAGGCCCAAGGAGAAAAGGUGUUGCUCGGGUGCACCUACACCCCCGGACUCCAAGAUGCUGGGGAGCUGGACAUUGAGUGGUCCAACGUCAGCCCAGACAUGACACAGAAAGACAAACUGAUCUUGGCCUACACAGACGGCCGUAUUCUCAACUAUGACCCCAGCCUCUCUGGCAGGCUCCGCUUCACCGGAGACCCCAAGCAAGGUGACGCAUCCAUCUCUCUCUCCGAUUUGAGGAUCUCAGACACAGCAACCUACCAGUGCAAAGUAAAAAAGGCACCUGGAGUCGACACGCGGAAAGUAACUCUUGUCGUAAUGGUUCCCCCAUCUGUGCCGAAAUGUUGGGUUGACGGCAAGGAGGAGAAAGGCAGUCCAGUCACUCUCCGCUGCAAAUCGAACCAGGGAUCCUCUCCUCUUGUGUAUACAUGGACCAGAGAAAGUGGUGGAUCAAAACCACCCUUGGCCGUGCCACUAAACACACAGAGUGGGGAGUAUUUGAUCAAGAACCAUUCAGACAGUUAUGCUGGAAGUUACGUGUGUGAAGCCAAAAACCCUGUUGGAAAAGCCGAGUGUAAAUAUGCACUCCGGGCACACAACCCUACCAAUGAAGUCGGCGUCAUAGUUGGGGCUGUGAUAGGUGCCCUGCUCCUCCUCUUCCUCCUCUUGCUCGCCAUCUGGCUCUCGGUCUGCUGCUGCCUCAAAUUACGCUAUGAGAAGGAGGUUGCGAAUGAAAUCAGAGAGGAUACUCGUGCUCCAGAGAGCCAUCCCCCAAGCAGAAACUCCAGCUCCCGCUCAGUCCUGGGCUACCGUACCCACCAAGGGGUCUCCUACAGCUUGGUGGGGAACCGCCUGCCCAAUGUCAACGGAUCUAAUGCCAGCCACCCCAGCAACAGCGACAAGAACUCAAAACUAAGCGCUACCGGGAGGAAACCCCUUCCUCCACUCAAAUAUGACCAUCGUUACGGUUACCCCGUGUAGCUACAAUUUAUACACAAUGGACUUCUGAAAAGUAGCACAAAACAACUUCUAUUUUUUCACUUUUCGUGUACAAGAUCUUGGAAGAAAUGUUGCUAUUUCCAAAUGGUGUCAUGCAGCAUUUUAACCACAAUGAUGAAGUAUUCUGAUACUGUAUAUGACAAUGGUUUCUUUCGGCUUGUCCCUUUCGGGGUCGCCACAGCGUGUCAUCUCAGAUGAACGCACAUAUAUGUUUGGCACAAUUUUUACGCCGGAUGCCCUUCCUGACGCAACCCUUCUCAGUGAGUGGAGGCCCCAGUGGGAUACGAACCCACCUACCAAACCAGUGCUCUAACCACUGAGCUAAGGGGCCUCAUACUGUAUAUGACAAUAAUACAAUCAAAUUUUAAAUAUUUGACUAGAUGUCCUUUGUGAUGCACCGUCUAUGUUUUGUAUUAUAGUUGGUGUGGAAAAUAUGAAUAUUGUCUUGAUUUAUGCAAGUUGUAAAUGAAACAUGGUAUGUAUUAUGUUUUUUUUUUUAUAACUGUAUUAAUUUAUAAGCUAAAUGGAGGAAAAUUGUUGAUAUUCCACUUUGAUUUUCUGGGACCAAAUCGCUGAGAAUUCCAAAUCCGGUAUAAUCAACCAGGAGAAAUGACACUUUCCUUGUUCAGAGCAACCCAUUUAUAGCCACCGAUUUGGAAGUUUUCUGGAGCAAUGCAUUAGCAUGAAGACGUCGUUCUGCUGAAAACAAAUUACCAUUUACAAUUCAGAGGAUGUGCAUAAACGAGUCCAAAGAGUCGCUUUUCUAGGGCCUUGUAUUUGCCUUUUGGAAAUUUUUUAUUUGCACAACUCUUGCCUUGUUUGCUUCUUGCACAGAACCAAGUAAAGUGCUAAUUAGUCUGA